CUUGAGCCAAUCAGCGCCAGAGCUUCUGGAUGCCCCGCCUAGGGGUGGGGCGGAGUCUGGGUGUGACGUCAGUAGGAGCGGAGAACGAGAGAGACCGAGAGACAGACAGAGCGGGAGCUGCCGGGACAGGGGGAGAUAGCGGGGGUCGCUGAGCGGCAGGAACAUGAUGUCGGACGCAAGUGAAAUGUUGGCCGCGGCCUUGGAGCAAAUGGACGGAAUUAUUGCCGGCUCCAAGGCCCUGGAAUACACCAAUGGGAUAUUUGACUGCCAGUCUCCCACCUCCCCGUUCCUGGGAAGUCUGCGGGUGCUGCAGCUCAUCGAGGAUCUUCGGGGGAUGUUGGAAAUGAUGGAGACGGAUGAGCGGGACGGACUGCGCGGCCAACUGCCAGAUUCUACUGCCGACGUCCUGGUGGAGUGGCUGCAGAGUCACAUGGUAAAUGGACACAUAUCCGGCAGCACCGACAUUUGCCAGGAGAGGUUGGCCCGGCUGGAGAACGAUAAGGAGUCAUUCGUCCUGCAGGUGAGUGUCCUAACCGACCAGGUGGAAGCUCAGGGGGAGAAGAUCCGGGAUCUGGAGUUCUGUCUGGAGGAGCACAGAGAGAAGCUGAACGACACCGAGGAAAUGCUCCAGCAGGAACUUUUGAGUCGGACCUCUCUGGAAAGUCAGAAACUGGACCUGAUGGCGGAAAUCUCUAACCUGAAGCUGAAGUUGGUCUCCGUGGAGAAAGACCGCAAGGAGUUCGAGGAGAGGUACAAGGACACGGAGUCGCUGCACAAAGUCAUAGCGGAUCUGCGGCAACAGAUGGAGAAGGUUGAGGUGGAACUUGCUCUGUUCCAGGAGAAAAGGUCACAGUACGGAGAUCAGGAGGGACUGGUGCAGGAGAUGAAUGAGCUGCGACUCCGAGUCUCUGAGAUGGAGAAUGAGAGGUCUCAGUAUGAGAAGAAGAUGAAAUCUAACAAGCCUUUAUUGGCCAAGCUCUCGAGCAUGAAAAUGAAGGUGGGGCAGAUUCAGUAUGAGAAGCAGCGCACGGAGCACAAGUGCCAGACCCUGAAGGAUGAGCUGUCGCUGCUGAAGGAGCAACUGGAACACAAGGAGGUCGAUAUAAAGACACUGAAGGAGAGUGUAGAGCGCCCCCCGGAGGUGACUGACGCAGUCGCAGGGAGUGAGAGAGAUGUCGAGGUGCAGAAGAUGAAGAAGGCAAUGGAAUCAUUAAUGGCUGCCAAUGAAGAGAAGGAGCAGAAGAUCGAGGAGCUCAGACAGUCUCUCAGCAGGUACAAGAAGGUGCAGGACAUGGUGGUUCUGGCGCAGGGUAAAAAAGGCAAAGAAGUGGAAAGUGACGAUUCUGUGAUAUCCGGCUCCAAUUCUCUCGUAUUUGAUGGCAACACGCUCAGCGACGCUGACAAAAGCCCCUCCCCUCUCCCUAUAUCCGCCACCCCAAGCCCAGAGGAACUCCCUGUGGAUCCGCAGCCCAAGGUGGAGAUGCACACGAGUAUCCUGCAAGUCUCCAUCCCCUCCUUCUCCUCAAUCAGACCCUUCCAGCGGCAGAAUGAAGCGCCAGCUCCUGCUCCAAAAGAGGAAGCUUCUCCCCCCGACGUUGGCGAUGGUGAGACCCCCAGCCUCCCUGCAGAUGCCACAACCCCAGAGGUGCCAGGAUCUCCCGUCAGGAAAUCCAGCAGCCUGGGGAGCCUGAAGAAGGAACCUGCUGAGCUGAGAACGGUUUCCCCAGAACCGGGCAAGUUCGAAACCCUCCCUCCGCGUCCCCCCGGCCAGGGGGCAGCCCCCGAUGAUGAGAGUUUUGGAAGUCGUAAAGCCAGGUCAUCCUUCGGCCGAGGUUUCUUUAAGAUGAAAAAUACCAAGAAGACGUCGAGUACCCCCAAUCUAGAUCGCAGCCGAAGUGCAAGUGCACCUGCCCUAGACACGGAGAAGGGCUCCACAGACCAUCUGGAUCUGGCAGUCUCUUCCCCGAAUUCCAUGGAAGGAGGAAGCCCCCACAGCUCUUCUCCCAACUACAAAAAGAAAUCGAGAGGAAUAAGGAAACUGUUUGGGAAGCUGAAGAGGAGUCAGUCCACAACACUGAACCAGGAAGAUGAGCUGCCAGAGGAAGAAUUUAAGAGGGGAGGAACAAGAUCCACGGCUGGGCCUAGACUUGGCUGGUCCCGUGAUCUGGGGCAAGUUAACAGUGAGCUGGACACGCCGUUUGCUAAGUGGACGAAGGAUCAAGUGUGCACGUGGCUUCGGGAUCAAGGAUUGGGCGGUUACGUGAGCAGUUGCAAGCAGUGGAUCGUCUCAGGACAGACUUUACUUCAUGCCUCUCAGCAUGACCUGGAGAAGGAACUGGGGAUCAAACAGCCGUUGCACAGGAAGAAGCUCCAGUUGGCUCUGCAGUCGCUGGGGUCGGAGGACGAGAGCAAUUAUGGGAGAUUGGACUACAGAUGGGUGACCAGAUGGCUGGAUGAUAUUGGGCUCCCCCAGUACAAGACCCAGUUUGAUGACUCCAAGAUUGAUGGGAGGAUGCUCCACUAUUUGGCUGUGGAGGAUCUGCUCUCCCUGAAAGUGGUCAGUGUCCUCCACCAUCUCAGUAUAAAGAGAGCCAUUCAGGUUCUGCGGAUCAACAGCUUCGAGCCCAACUGUCUGCGCCGGCGCCCGUCUGAUGAGAGUAACAUCAGCCCCUCGGAGGUGGCGCAAUGGACCAAUCACAGGGUCAUGGAGUGGUUACGUUCGGUGGAUCUGGCAGAAUACGCCCCGAAUUUACGGGGGAGUGGCGUGCACGGGGGGCUGAUGGUUCUCGAGCCUCGUUUUAAUGUGGAGACAAUGGCCCAGUUACUGAAUAUCCCACCCAACAAGACCCUCCUGCGCCGGCACUUAGCCACCCACUUCAACCUCCUCAUUGGCCAACAGGCCCAGAUACAGAAGCAGGAAGCCCUGGCGUCCCCAGAAUAUGUGCUCCUGACUGCCACCGCUAAAGUAAAGCCAAAGAAAGUGGCGUUCAGUAACUUUGGAACGUUGCGGAAGAAGAAGCAGGAGGAGGUGGAGGAAUACUUGUGUCCGAUGGAUUUGGAUCAGAAUUCUGGCGAUGGGAUAAUAACGCCCCUGAGGCCCAGUCUGGAUCUGCGCAUGUUAAAUGAUGACGAUUUGGACCGACUGGAGCAGAUGGAGGAUUCAGAGGGGACAGUGAGGCAAAUCGGGGCGUUCUCUGAAGGAAUAAACAAUCUGACACACAUGCUGAAGGAGGACGACAUGUUUCUGGAUUACUCCGCCCUCUCGCCCAGCGUCACAGACGACGACUCCAACGUGUGACGAUCCAUGUGACGACUCCGCCUCCUGUGUCCUUGGCCCCUCCCUGUUCCGGAUUUUAUAUAUUUUACGGGUUCAAGUUGGAGAGGAAACCGCGUGCCUUUUGGUUCCGUUGCAAUAAAGUAGUGCCGUGAUAGGGUUAAUGAGCUGCACCCCCUGUUGUUACUGCUGAGAUACUCACUACCAUUAUGUUAUAUUGCUCUGCUUACUAUAGACUGGUAACUAGAGGGUUAACAUCCCCCAGUGCAAAAUCAGCACCAGGACCCCCUUCUUCCUGUGACUCCCCCCAAACUGUGCUCCCCUCAUUGUCAUUAUUGGGGUGUAACUAUAGAGGAAGCAGAUCUGGGGGCCUGAUGGGUAACCGACUUAUUCCUAUAGUAAUGAUUUUGCUGUGGGGCCCAGUAACUUCUAAUGAAGGGCCACGGCCAGAUGCCCCCCCCAAAUUUCCCAGUCCAGUUAUUAUGGGUAUUUCCUGGUACUCGUGUAUCAACUUCCUUUCUGGUGAAUGAACGGCAGUCCAGUCUUACUUUAUGGCACUGAUUCUAGACACAUCCAGCCCUUCCUCCCAUAUACAGGAUUCUGUAUUCAUAGUAAGAGAGAGAGAGAGAGAGAGAGAGAGAAUUUUGGGGGGAAAUUACUGAGAGUAGUGGCUACAGGGCUUGGCUUGAAAGUAGGAGGCGGAGCAGGAAAAUAUGCAAAAUGGCUGGUAACCAUAGCAACCAGGUAGUUUAAACGCCAGGCAGCUCAGAAACGGACAGAAAUCAGUUUCCACCCCAAAAAUAAAGGUCAUUGGCGAUUAAAUAAAGUGUCCAAAAAAGAAAAACCCUUGUUCCCCUCUCAAUCAAAACCUUCCAGACUUGUAUUCUUAUUGCUGAACUAUAACUCUCCUCUCCCGGCCAAUGGGAGCUGCUGACAAGAUUUAGGUCAAGUUGCCACAACCUUGUUUUUUUUUAUAUAUAUAUAAUCUAUUGCCCCCCGAUAUUUUCCUAACGACUGUUAUUUUUAUAGAGUUUUCUAUUUAAUAAACUGUUUAUAUAAAUAUAUUUUGGGUCAUGACGCGGGUUAAUGAACCAGCUGGUUACUGGAAUGGGCCGGGGGUACCCCCCACUAAUCCUCUGCUUCGCUAAUUACGUUAUGUGCCAGCAUGGAAGCCAUACGAAGGGUUAAUAUUGGCUUGUGAUGCUGAGUGUAACAAGUCGCCAUUCAUUGUGGCGGAUAUCUUGUUGCUAGGGUGCUGCUGACCUAGCAACCACACCGGGGUUAAACAUAAGGAUCAACACUAAGCUACAUGAGAGUGCCAUUGUUACUGUCCCUUUAAGGAUUAAGCGUGUGGCCCCCAGGACCCCCGGCUCCUAUUUCUGCUUUUCUAUUGGCUCUCGCUCAGGGCAGGAGACUGGGACUUUGUUACGACUCUCACAGUGAAAGUGAUGCCGUGUUUCUUGUGGGAAAUUGGGGUGCAGUUGUGUUGUACAAAGUGCCGCAAUAAUCAGCCAAUGUUCAUGAGUCUUUAUAUGUAAUAAAUACACCGAUGUUUCA